AUGGCAGCAGGUGAAGUUAAAAUUUUUGGUAAUAUUGAACAGUUGUUGGUUGAUUUAAAGGGGUUAGUUUUGAAGUUUGGGUUUGUAUCCUCUUUGUUGAUGACUCCAGAGCUUCUGUCUAAGAAGUUUAAGUUGUUGGAGUUAACUAUACAAAUGGAACUUGCACCACUUGUGAAGCUCAUAACCUUAAUGCCAACAAAUGCCACGCCUGUUAACACAGGGGUGCAAGGGGGAGACAAUGGUGGUGUUGGCAUUGGAUCGAAAGUUGGUACAAGAGGAAGUGAUUCGGGAGAAACAAAUGAUGAUGUGAAAGUUGUUGGAAAAGUUUUUACUACUCAAAUUCCAACUUCAUUACCAAAAACUUCCACAGUAACAACGUCAUCAACAACAACAAAACCAUUAACCAAAGGGAUUAUGAUUGGACCGGCAGGUGGUGGAUCAAGUUCUUCGAAACCACCUCCUACAACUGAAGAAAUGCAGAAUAAAGGAAAGGGUAAUUUUACUGAGCCUUUGGUUAAAGAAAAGACAACUGCUAUUGAAAAGGAGAUGGAGAAACAGAGACAAAUCCAAAGUAUCCUUUGUCAAAGGGAAAAUGAUCCUAUUGGUCUCAACAAAGGUGAUCCUUCGAAGCAUUAUACUUAUGAGUAUAUUGAAGCCUUGUUUGUGAAAGGGGAGAUCCAUAAUUUUGAAAAACUCCCUAAGAAGAGUUAUGAUACAGAGAACACUAAUUUCAAUAAGUUGGACUUUCCUAUCAAUCAGAUGAUUUUUUUAGAUGAGUAG